CAAUUUUAAAAACCAGCGCUUAACUAAAAUAACGGAUUAUCAAAUUGUCAACAUUGUCGUCAUUUCUGCCUUGGAAAAGAACUGGAAAUGGAAGAUUGUUGGUUGGAAAAUGAGAAAUUUGACUUUGAUAUUCCAUUAUCACCUCUUUUUGGAGAUGGACCUGAUGAAAAGGAGGUUGGCAAUAAUGAUGAGAACAUUGAUGAGGAUAGUGAUGAUGAGAUAUUUUUUGGCCCUGUUGGUCACUUAGAGAGGUGUGCGGCUGCAGUUGUGCAGAAGAAUACAGUUGAGCCAGUGAAACCUUUAGAGCCUAAAGAACAAGUGAUGUUGUUGCAAGAAUGUGCUAAAGUGUCUGCCAUGCUCAAGUAUAAGCCACUAACAAGUUUUAAUAGCAGUAGUCCAGUUGCUGUUGUACCACCUUUUAAAAGAAACUCUUCAGGCAUCAACCUCCUAUCUCUGAAAUCAGCAAGAGAAAAAAUGUCAAACAAAGAGAAUAUUGAAAACUUUGGAAACCUUAGUGUAUCAAAAGAUACUUCCAAGAUAGAAGAUAAACCAAAACUUCAUGUUCCUGAAAAGUUAAAGAACUCUUUGAAUGAAACUCAAUCAAAAGAGAAAAAGCCUAUCAGAAGACUCUCCUGUGAAAGUGGCAUUGCAAGAAGGUCAAGCUCAAGGAUUGCUCUACCAGUGGCAACUGGGAUUCCCAAAAUGCAGCCAAAAGGCUUAAAACCAACCGGAGUCCCUUUGUUAAAACCUGGACUGCUUCAAGCAAAAGCCAGACCACGAACAACUGCCACACAAGAAUCAAAGCUAAAACCAAUGAAAGCCACUGGCUUAGAGACAAAAAGCGUUUCGUGUCUCGAGGCAUCAAACUCAAAAGCUAAGGUUAAUGAAAGAACAAAAUCUGUAAGUGGGGCUUUGCCUUCUCGAUUAUUCACAACACCAAAGAAAGCUGGUGAGCAUCGACGGUCGCUGAGCAGCACAACUGAAAGACAAACACCACGAAGACAAUCGAACUUGAAUUCUUCCAUUUCAAAGCUACCAUUCACGAGGCCAAGCCAUAACAGCACUCCUAUACGACCUGUUUCAGCGCAAACUCCAAACUCUAGGAGAAGCAUAGGACAAGGAAUUCCCCGUCCCAAGAGUAGGCUUUCGGUUUCUGGUAUUUUAAAACCCAGUCAAGAUAAAAGCCUUAUUUCUGCGCCUCGAGCAAAGUUUUCUGAAACUCCAAAAAGUAUAGCGAAGUCAAGGAAAAGCAUUUCAAAAGACGAAAUUAGAAAAAGCGAAAAAGAAGCAACUUUGCUAAACGAGAAGAGUCCGACCAAGGUAGCUCUUAUCAGCAUGCCAUCACCGAUCUCAAAUAAAACCAAAAAACCUUUGCCUGAUGAUGUUCCUGCGCCAGUUGUUGAUUACUUCAGCAACGAGGAAAAGCCGGAACAAAACUCAUUCAAGACUGACCUUCUGGUACCGGAGGUGUCAAUGGUUCAAAGAAGCCCACUUCUCAAACUCGACUCCCCCGUCGCUGAAAAUCCGUUUUGUGAUCCUUUUGCGACCGGCAGCACGCCCCCGGUUGCCCCACUCAGUGCGGGAAUUUUAGAGCCAGAGCAGGUUGAGACGAACUUGAUUCAGUUUUAAGGUGCUAGUAUGAACAUUAGGCCUCCAAAGAGAAAUUUUAAUUAGUUUUAAGAUGUUGUAAGAUAGUAUGUAAUAUUUUAUAUUGUAUGUGUUAACUGCUGGUUGGGGAUGUAGUCAAAGUAAGAGAAUAGUUUAUGGAAAGAUCACCUUAUAUUUGCUCCCGAAAUUUUUAUUUAUGCCCAUUCCAAAUUCACCUCGCGCUGUUUUUAAAAAGUGCUUUUGCAGACCUAAAUGAUAUUUGCUUGACCCUAGAAUAUCGGUUGAUAUUUUUAUUGUCAGAAAAGACAACAAGAUUUCUGGAUAAAUUGCCAAACAAAUGAAUAUAAAUUUAACAAUAUGAUACGGCCUUUAAAUUCCGGAUUACGGAAUCGCUUUCCAGAUUUGCGCCCAUUAAAUCUGAGCCCUGAAUCGCUCGAAACACUUCGUCUAGCUAUUUUGCAAAAAGAGGAUAGUGUCUGAAUCUUGAUAUUUGACGCUUUUGUACAAUCGUCAAAAUUGAAGGCCUGUCUGUUCUUUUGACAACAAAGGCGAAAACCCGGGUAAUCAUUAAAUGAUAAGAAUGUCGAAAAUUAGAGGGAGUUUCACUUAGUACUCGCCCCUGAAUCAACCACUCAGUAAACAUAAGUUUCUAGGAAUCAAAAAUCUUGUUUACGUUAACGAUUGUGGGGAGUGCCACGCCCUGUUCUUUCCACAAAACCUCUAAGAAGCUACAUCCCACCCACUGACUUUGUAAUGAAACAUAAUACAAUAAGAACGCAAUAAGUAUUCAGCUUAAGAAAAUAUUAGGUAUUCAGAUUUUAUGGUUUGAUUCUUGGUUGAUAAACAUUUGAA